CCUCUUUCUCGCCCGCUUCGCUGCUGGUUGAGGUGCAACUGUCCAAUCGGUCGUCCCGAAUCCGGGUUCAUCCGACACCGAAACCGGUCCCAGUGAAGCGGAAACCCCUUAUAUCGAACCACCAUGCCUCCUAAAUUCGAUCCUAACGAGAUUAAAGUUGUGUGCCUGAGAUGCACAGGAGGAGAAGUGGGAGCCACAUCUGCUCUGGCCCCGAAAAUCGGCCCUCUGGGUUUGUCUCCCAAGAAAGUUGGUGACGACAUUGCCAAGGCAACCGGUGACUGGAAGGGGCUGAGAAUCACAGUCAAGCUGACCAUCCAGAACAGACAGGCUCAGAUUGAGGUCGUCCCGUCUGCCUCGGCUCUGAUCAUUAAAGCUCUGAAGGAGCCUCCCCGUGACAGAAAGAAGCAGAAGAACAUUAAACACAGUGGAAGCGUCACCAUGGAUGAAAUCAUCAGCAUCGCUCGUCAGAUGAGGCACCGGUCUCUGGCCAGAGAGCUCUCCGGAACUAUUAAAGAGAUUCUGGGGACAGCACAGUCUGUUGGCUGCAACGUUGAUGGCAGACACCCCCACGAUAUCAUCGACGAUAUUAACAGCGGUGCAGUUGAAUGCCCAGCGAGUUAAACCUUCCAUGAAUACAGAAAAGAAUCUUUAAUAAAGAAAAAUCUGAAUUA